UAUGCGCAUGCGUCGAGGCCUCAAGAGGCCGAUUGGAGAAUUGGAGUCACAGGGCAGCGCUCCGAUCGGCGGGGGCGUGGCCCAUGGGGGGGGCGAGAGCCCACAAUACGAGGCCGCUGGUUGGCCGGAGGGAGUCACGUGGGGCCUGGUCGCCAGCGGCGCGCGCAGGUGCGACGUCUACGCAGCCGCUGAGCUCCCUGGUUUGUGUACCGCGGCCCGGCCGCGGCGCAGUCCUUCAGUACCCAUUCGGGCAGUUUGCUGAGAACUUUUGUGGGCGACAUGGACAACUCAGGGAAGGAGGUGGAGGCGAUGGCCCUGCUGGCCGAGGCGGAGCGUAAAGUGAAGAACUCACAGUCUUUCUUCUCUGGCCUGUUCGGAGGCUCAUCCAAAAUAGAAGAAGCAUGCGAAAUGUACUCCAGAGCAGCGAACAUGUUCAAGAUGGCCAAAAACUGGAGUGCUGCUGGGAACGCAUUCUGCCAGGCUGCCCAACUACACCUGCAGCUCCAGAGCAAGCACGACGCAGCCACCUGCUUCGUGGAUGCUGGGAAUGCCUUCAAGAAAGCUGAUCCCCAAGAGGCCAUCAACUGUUUGAUGAGAGCCAUCGAGAUCUACACAGACAUGGGCCGGUUCACAAUCGCAGCAAAGCACCACAUCUCCAUUGCCGAGAUCUAUGAGACAGAGCUGGUGGACAUUGAGAAGGCCAUCGCCCACUAUGAGCAGUCUGCAGACUACUACAAAGGCGAGGAGUCCAACAGCUCAGCCAACAAGUGUCUGCUGAAGGUGGCCGGCUAUGCCGCACAGCUGGAGCAGUACCAGAAGGCCAUUGACAUCUAUGAGCAGGUGGGGACCACCGCCAUGGACAGCCCCCUGCUGAAAUACAGCGCCAAGGACUACUUCUUUAAGGCAGCACUCUGCCACUUCUGCAUCGACUCACUCAAUGCCAAGCUUGCUGUUCAGAAGUACGAGGAGCUGUUCCCAGCCUUCUCUGAUUCCCGGGAAUGCAAGCUGGUGAAAAAGUUGUUAGAAGCCCAUGAGGAACAGAAUGUGGACGGCUACACAGAAUCAGUGAAGGAGUACGACUCCAUCUCUCGGCUGGACCAGUGGCUGACCACCAUGCUGCUGCGCAUCAAGAAGACCAUCCAGGGCGAGGAGGAGGACCUGCGUUAGGCCACCGCCCACAUUCCCUGUUGUCUGGUGUGUGUAGCCGAGGUGCGCCUAGCCUGCUCAAGACAUCCCUCCUUCCCCACUCGGGGAAUCCCAUGGGCUGCCAGGGCAGUGGUCACGUGGCUCGGCAGCACCUCAGGGUGCCAGAGGCUGGGCCGCUGGCCAGUCGCCUCUGCUCCCGCUACAACCCUCGCCUCUGCCUAUUUAAGCCCCUAACGGUGUCCUUAUCCCUUAAAUCAGCUGUAUAAGUCUGAUACAGACCUCUAUAAGCACUGCUAGGAGUCAAGGGUCAGCCUCUGUCCCAAGCCCUGACCACCCAAGUCUCCUGUGGCUGAUUUCUGCCCCCACUUUGGCCCCUGGCAGAGCUCUAAGCACAAGUAGCCACUGAGACCUGCUCUCACCACCUGCAGCCCAGGCUCAGGUUAGACCACAGCCCAGUGCCCAGAGUGUCCCCAGACCCCCUGCGCUGUUCCUGCCUGUGCUUGAGGUUUGGUCUGGGGGUCAGAAGCUCCCAAGAAGGAAAAUAAAAAUUGCCACUUUCACAUGA